AAUUGGCGGUGCAAACGAGCUAGCGCUACUGUCACUUUGUUUGCUGCCGACUUGUACUUGAUCCAGUUCCACUACGGCUACGCGCCUAACAACCAAAUUACCAAAUUAAUACAAUGAAACGAGAAAGUCAUAACUUCUCUAUCGGAACAACUCCGCAUAUGAGGCAUUCCGGCGCCGAGCAGUCAUCCUUGAUAUCGGAUUUCCUCCGGCAGUCUGGCGGCGUCGCUGUCAUUGACGGUGGUCUCGCGACGGAGCUCGAACAGCAUGGCGCUGACCUGAACGAUCCCCUUUGGAGUGCCAAGUGUCUUCUAACUUCGCCUCACCUUAUCCGUACGGAAGGAAAGGGGGUGCACCUUGACUAUCUUGAAGCGGGGGCUGAUGUUAUCAUCACGGCCUCUUAUCAGGCUACCAUUCAGGGAUUUGAAGCCAAAGGCUUCUCUAGCCAAGAAGGCGAAGCCCUGCUUAAGAAAAGUGUGGAAAUUGCUUGUGAGGCCAGAGAUAUUUACUAUGAGAGAUGCCAAACAGGUGCUUGUGAUGGUAAUAAUGACAAUAGGGUUCUGAAACAGCGUCCCAUUUUAGUUGCAGCUUCUGUUGGCAGCUAUGGAGCUUAUUUGGCUGAUGGAUCUGAGUACAGUGGGAUUUAUGGUGAUGACAUUACCCUGGAAACCUUGAAAGAUUUUCAUCGCAGAAGGGUUCAGGUAUUGGCAGAUUCAGGUGCUGACCUCAUUGCAUUUGAAACAGUUCCAAAUAAGGUUGAAGCUCAGGCUUAUGCUGACCUAUUAGAGGAAGAAAACAUAAAAAUCCCUGCAUGGUUCUCCUUUAACUCUAAGGAUGGUAUCAAUGUGGUUAGUGGUGAUUCUUUGCUUGAGUGUGCUUCAAUUGCUGAAUCAUGCAGCAAGGUAGCUGCUGUGGGAAUCAACUGCACGCCUCCAAGGUUUAUUCAUGGACUGAUACUAUGUAUCAAGAAGGUGACAUCCAAACCAAUACUUAUAUAUCCAAACAGUGGGGAGAGUUAUGAUGCUGACCUAAAGGAGUGGGUGCAAAAUACUGGGAUAUCAGAUGAAGAUUUUGUCUCGUAUGUAAACAAAUGGUGUGAGAUUGGGGCUUCCCUCAUUGGAGGUUGUUGCAGAACAACUCCUAAAACCAUCCGCGCUAUAUACUGGACUCUCCGCCGGUAGGUAUUCUGCUCUGCACUUACAAAUCUGACGAAGCUGUCAAAAUGGCUUACGUUGUCUGGAUACCUUUGAGGACUCGGUUGUGUCAGAGAGCAGAGAAAUGUCGCCUUUGAAGCUCGGUUCAAAUUUCAUAGUACACAGGAUCAUGAAUAUGCUGGCUGUAUAAGGUGUUGUAAGGAUCAGAGUUUACAGCCUUACUUACUAAAACUCGUGUCGAAUUUAAAUUUAAAAAAUAAAGUUCCUCUCCUAUUAUCUUCACA